AUGCAAGUAUCUGGUACUGCGGGUACCAGUGGUACUGUGACCCCAGCACAAACGAACAAAGAAUCACCGUUGACAGACAUAGGGACAUCCCCACCUCAAUUUGAACUACCUGUACAAAAUAGGGAAUUGAAGAUGGAGACUCCGAAUGAACUCUCAGACGAUGGAAGUACAUUGUCGCAGAAACAGGUCGCGUCUCUGCCUUCAACUACUGAGCCCGUUGAGUCGAGCGAAAACAACGCAAAUACUGGCAGUUUAAACGAUAACAAGCUCACUGAAAAGACUUCUAAGGGUAUUUAUGAUGAUCAUCAUGAUGAUUUGGGGAAUAAUAGUAUCGAAAAAACAAAGGAUGGAAAUAUCUCGGUCGAAAAUUUAUCUAAUACUUCCGAAGACGUCCAUAAUCAUGAAGGGUCUCAAGAAAAAGAAUUCUAUGAAAGCUCUGAGUUAAGUGAUCUUGCUGAUGAUGAUUCUGAGGCUGAAACAGAUAGAAUGGGCUUUCUAGACGAAGACGGGCAUUCUGACAAAGGACUGGAUUUGCAAGCCUUAUCCAAUUUAACUGAAAUUGCUAGGUUAAAAGAGAUAGAUUCAGAAGACGAUGAAGAUUAUGAACAUCAGGAAAGCGAGAAAAAUGAGAGUGGUGAUCUGGCUAAACCAGAGCCAGAGCCGACAGACAAUGAAUUAGAAAUAAAUCCUAAAGAUAAUGAAGUGGCCAAAAACGAGAUUGAAAAUGAUAUUAAUUUGAUUAAAGAAGAGCUUGAAAGGCCAUUAGCAGCAAAAAGAACAGCUGAGCCAAAUACGGACGUUAAGAGACAUAAACUGGAUGAUGAGGUCGACAAAAAUGACAGGGCUUCUGGAGUUGGAGAAGAAGAGGAUGACGAAAAAGAGGACGAAGAGGAAGAAGAGAAUGAAAACAAUAAAUCAGGUCUUGAGCACACUUCCACCGAAGAUGUUGAUUUGACUGAACAAAGAAAAUUGGCAGUUGAAGAAUUAAUUUCUAUCGAAGGAGCAUUUGCUCAGCUCAGAGAUAAAUUAUAUAAAGACAAACUUACAUUACUAGAACAUGAAUUACAGUUGUGUCUUGAAGGCUCGCACCCAGAAUUAUCGAAAAUAUAUCAUAAAGUCAACGAGUUCUACCAGACAAGCAUAGAGUUAGCGAACUCUAAUUUGAACUACAAUUUGAAAUGCAUAGAUCGUGAGACCGUUGCAACACGGACUGCAAUACACCAAGAUUUCAUGACAAGAUUAAUGGAUUCUAAAAAUGAAAUGAUCUCCAGCACGACGUCUCUGUGGUAUAAGAUUAAUAAGGAGCGCAACCAGUUAGACCAGCUUGUUCCAGAAUACAACUUUACGGCUAUACCGCACGUGCCUAGCUAUGCAGUUACCAGUCGGAGUGGCUUCAAUCCUAAUGGUAUUAGCGUUGAAGGGAAUGCCGAAAGUUAUCCUAACGGCGUUAUUGAAGAUGCUGUACCUCUCUCAAAGAAAGCCAUCAAAUACAACACCUUAGUUGAAUUGGUUCAGAAUCGCAAUAAUACAAAUCAUGAAUUAGGGAUUCUUAAUGGGUUGAUUCAAUUCGAUGGCUUUCCUGCGGCAGUAGGAUCAUCUCUUCUACGCUCUGAUAAUGGUCCAAGUUAUGAAUUGUUAUUGAAAAGAGCUGCGGAUGAUGAGAUAAAAGAAGACCUUCAGGCAAUGGGUAUAUUAAGUUGA